AGAAUCGUUACUUUUAACUGGUUCCUAUAGCGGGUCUGCCAAAAUAACGAUUUCUCUUAGAGAAUCGUCAAAUUUGGCGAGUUCUCAUAGAGAAUUCACCAAAAUAAUGAUUUUCUCUUAG